AAUGUAACUCUAAACUCCAUUCAUGGUAGAUUCCUGAGACAAGUUAGUUUAUAUUUACUCGAUGAAGCAUCUAUGAUACCCAAACAUGCUUUGAGUGCCAUUGAUAAGUUAUUACAAGAUAUUUGUAAUAAUAAGUUUCCUUUUGGUGGUAAAGUUAUUCUUAUGGGUGGAGAUUUUCGACAAAUACUUCCAGUUGUGAAGAGAGGUCGACCAGCAGAUGUUGUAGAAUCAUGUAUAAAGUGUUCUGAACAUUGGCAAUAUGUGCAAAGGUUUUCAUUAACUGAAAAUAUGAGGGUUCAGAUAGGAGAAGAGGAAUUUUCUCAAUGGCUUUUAAAGCUUGGAAGUGGAACAUUACCUGUCAAGCCUGAAGAUCCUUUGCAAGGGUGUAUUGAAAUACCUGAGCAGUGUUUUCUCAAUGAUAAUGAAUCUAUUGUGGAAAAGAUUUUUGGUGGUGCAGAAGAAGCUGAUUAUGCAAAACGUGCUAUUUUAACACCAACAAAUGUUGAUUCAUUGGCAAUAAAUGAAGAAGUCCUUCAUCGAUUACCGGGUGAUGUUAAAACUUAUUUAAGUUCAGAUAGCAUUGAAACUGAUGAUCAUAAUGAAAUUUAUAAUUUUCCAGUUGAGUUUUUAAAUACUUUGACUCCAUCAGGUAUGCCUGUUCAUUGCCUAAAGUUGAAAAUUGGUGCUGUUAUAAUGCUACUUAGAAAUUUAGAUCUCAAAGGUGGACUUUGUAAUGGAACACGUUUGAUGGUGCGUGCACUACACAACAAUUACAUUGAUGGUGAGGUUCUAACAGGUGUAUCAGCUGGUAACAGGGUAUUUGUUCCUCGAGUUCAAUUAGCUCCAUCAGAUUCAAAUUUACCUUUUACACUUAAACGUCGUCAAUUUCCAGUUAGGUUAGCAUACUCAAUGACCAUAAAUAAAAGUCAAGGUCAAACAUUUGAUAAAGUUGGUGUUUAUCUCAAAAAGCCUUGCUUUUCACACGGCCAAUUAUAUGUUGCAUGUUCAAGAACAAAAUCUUUUAAUAGUUUGUUUUUUAAAGUUGAUAAACAUGCAUUACAAGGUAGUAGAUUUCCUGUUAUAACUGGUUUAAAAAUUGUUAAUCGUUAA